GGACUCGGGAUGUGCCGAGUUUUACCGAGCACAGCCGACACCAUCCGGAAGUUUAACAAGCGGGGUUAUAUCGGCCAGCUUGUCCCAAACUACUAGUUUUGUGGGUGCAAUCGCCUUUAAUUAACCCUCUGUAUUGCUUUAUUGUGGAGUCCUCCAUCACGGAAUACCGUCAUGUCGGUUUUAUGUUAUAAUAAAGGUUGUGGUCAACGUUUUGAUCCGGAGAAUAACCUUGAUGAUGCGUGCACCUUCCACCCAGGAGUCCCGGUGUUCCAUGAUGCGUUGAAGGGAUGGUCGUGCUGCAAGAGAAGAACCACCGAUUUUUCCGACUUCCUCAGCAUUGUUGGCUGUACGAAAGCCCCUCACAACAAGGAAAAGCCACCGGAGCCUGUGAAACCCGACGUGAGCUCCUCUGGAGAGAAGAAGGAGGUGGGUGAACAGAAACCAAAGUUCAGCGAGUACAUCAUCUCCGCCCCUAAACCCCAAGGGGCGUUCACCAGACCAAGUGGUGACGAACCAAUGGUGAGGAUGCAGCACAAGGUCUCAGCCUCUCUCCGGCAGGCGCUGGAAAAGAUGAAGCUGUCUGACAACACGGCGGAGAUGAAAGAGGAGGAGGGAGAUGAAACCAAGAUUGGCACAUCAUGUAAAAACGCAGGGUGCACAAAGAGCUUUAGCGGUGUGGCUAGCAACGAGGAAGUGUGCGCAUACCAUUCUGGAUUCCCCAUCUUUCACGAAGGGAUGAAGUACUGGACCUGUUGUAAAAGGAAAACAUCUGAUUUCAACACCUUCCUGUCCCAGGAGGGCUGCGUCAAGGGAACGCACAUCUGGAAGAAGAAAGACACGGGUAAGAAAGUGGUCCCGUGUCGGUUUGACUGGCACCAGACCGGAGCACAGGUCAUCGUCUCCAUUUAUUCAAAGAACUCCGUCCCUGAGCUAAGCUACGUCGAGGCUAACAGCACCACGCUCGACAUCCACAUUCUUUUUGAAGGGGAGAAGGAAUUUGCACAGAAAAUAAACUUGUGGGGGGUGAUCGACGCCAGCAAAAGCGUGGUCAACAUGCUGGCGGCCAAGAUCGAGAUCGCCAUGAAGAAGUCCGAGCCCAUGUCCUGGGCUCGGCUGGACCUGCCGCCCCCCGUCCCCCCGCCCAAAGCAACAGAGAAGGAGAAAGACGACGACGAAGACGACGACGAGGAAGAGGAGGAGGACAGCGAAGCCGACGAUGAGUUGGAUUAAUGAUUUGUAGAAGCCCCUCUUUUAGCCUCUGAAAAAUGGCCUCACUACUUUGUAUGCUGUCUUCAUGAUAUUGCAAUCCUGCUAAGACACAACCACCACACACACCUCUGAGUCGCGAUCGGUCAGUUUUGCUGUCUUUUCACGUCAAAGUGCUUCGGUUUUGUUUGUUUCUAUGUCCAUCCACGUUUUCUGUUCCGUUUUCUUCUUGUCGCCCCAUCACAAAGUGUUUGCACGAUGAUAUUCAUGACAUGCGAUGGAAAAGCUUGAACGAUGUUGCUUCUUUAUUCGUCAUUGGCUAAGGAAAGUAUAGAAAGUGGUGUUUCAUCGAAUGGGUGUAAAUCACAAUGCCUGCUUUGCUGAAUGAAUGUAGGACAAUUACUGCAUUAUUAAUAUUAUUGACAUUCAAUCAAGUAUGAUAAAGCCGCAAGUUAUAUUGUUCUGUAAUUUCCUACAUGAGACAUUCAUACAAUCCAGGUUUUUUUUUUUAUUUAGCAUUCACCUCUAUGGCAUGUUUUUUAACUUUAGCACUCUUCAGAGUGUGUAGCUUUAUGUGUAAUCAUUCCUCUUCCAUUCGGCUGUUGAUUUUAAUUGCGUUUAUCCAGAUGACUGUUUUUCUUUGUUAUUAGGUCUCCGUAAAACAACAUUCUACACACCAUUCUGUUGAUUUCCAUUAACUAGUUUUCCCUAAGUUGCGCUAGAACUAAUAGAAAUGAGGGACACCUCCUGGCCACUUACUGCAUUGCAACUCAAAUACUGUACAUUCCUUACAUAGUUGUAUUCUUUUAUUUUAUACUUUGUUUUAUUUCUCAUGGGUAUAUUAAAGGUUGUAUAGCGAUUCUGAUUGAAACAUAAAGUGUCACAUUCAUCUGCUUUUUCCUCACGAUCCGCGAGCUGCCCGUCCCAUAAGCAGGCUGUUAAAAAACCGCGUCUCUCUAGGCAGCCUAGGCUCCGAGAUCGCACACAAAAACAAAUGGUACUACCGACGCCUCAAAAUCAAAAUAAACAGUGUUCCAACCAAUCACAGACAAAGGGUGGGUUUAGUGAUGUUUUCGUGCUCGUGCCUGGGCUAUGCGACCCUUCGAUGGUCGUAUGUGUUGCGCGUUCAUGGUCAUGCACGUUCAUGAAAUUGCGCGUCCAUGAUCAUUUUCAAAACACGGGAGGGAGGGGCUCGCUGGCUCUGUUUGUUUGGAAUCUCACAAACGGAAGUCAGGGCAACCAGAAUCGCUGAUACAACCGUUAAUUCUCUGCGUUCCACCAGUCCCACGCUAGGCGCUAAGAGCAGCAGGCUGCCUGCCUCACUGGGCGGCCGGGUCCGUGCCUUGCUUAUGUGCAGGGCAGAAGUGAUAGCAUGCAUUUUUUUUAUGGUGUGAGAGGAAACCUAAGUGAACACGAGCCCUCCACACACAAAGACCCCCGCAGCAGUGCAGACCACUAGGCCUCGUGCAACAACAGAGUUCAAUUGUAUCAUCUUGUUAUCGUUUCAUGCCUGAAUAUUUCCAUAGGCUACUGUGUACAGUACAUUAGCAGAAGCUGAACAUUAGCAUGGCUGUAAUGUUCAGACACCUGUUUUUGCUUAUAUUUCUGCAACCUAAAAACUUGCUGAAGAGACCUCAAACGGGACCCAAACUAUUCAGGAAACAAUUUAUUAUAAAUAAAAGCUUGAUAUUUCUGAAA